AUGGGGAGGAAAGGGAGUUGGUUUUCUACACUCAAGAAAGCCCACCCUUGAUCCAAGGAAAAUAAAGAUCAGAAGACUCACAAGUCAAAGAAAUGGUUUGGGAAGUACAAGAACGAGGAUGCGGUAUCUUCCUGCGAAGAAACCGCAUUGGUUAACCCUGCCCCCGCCCCUGCUCCUGCCCCCGUUAGUACCCCUACCCACCCUCCACCUCUGACCCCGCCUCCAAAAGAAGAUGUCGAGUUAGCUGAGGCUGAGAAUGCACAGAACAAACAUGCUUACUCUGUGGCACUUGCCACUGCCGUGGCUGCAGAGGCAGCUGUGGCUGCUGUUCAGGCUGCCGCAGAGGUUGUUCGCCUUACAGCUGUGCCCAUGCCCCGUUACACUGGAAAGUCGAUGCUGGAGGCUGCAGCUAUCAAGAUUCAGACUGCUUUCCGAGGGCACUUGGCAAGAAGGGCGUUACGAGCUUUGAGGGGGUUGGUGAGGUUGAAAUCAUUGAUAGAGGGCCAAUCUGUUAAACGACAAGCAACUACCACAUUAAGAUGCAUGCAGACUGUUGCUCAUGUGCAGUCUCAGAUUCGCGCAAGGAGGAUUAGAAUGUCUGAGGAGAAUCAGGCACUUCAGCGACAGAUCCAACAGAAACAAGAGAAAGAGCUUGAGAAACUCAAAGCUUCUAUGGGAGAAGAUUGGAAUGAUAGCACAGAAUCGAAGGAGCAGGUCGAGGCAAAGCUACAAAUGAAACAAGAGGCUGCUAUUAGACGAGAAAGGGCGUUGGCCUAUUCAUUCUCUCACCAGAAAAUGUGGAAGAACUCUCCGAAAUCUGAACACCCGACCUUUAUGGACCCCAGCAAUCCCCACUGGGGUUGGAGUUGGUUGGAGCGAUGGAUGGCUGCAAGGCCAUGGGAGAGCCGAAGUACAGCAGACUUCAAUGACCGGGCCUCCAUGAGGAGUGCUGCAAGCCGUGCCUCCAUGUCUGUGGGGGAAAUCACCAAAGCUUAUGCUCUUCGUGAUAAGCCUUCUCCUAGGACCCCUACUGUCCUAAGAUCAAACAGACCUUCGAGUCGCCAAUCCCCUUCAACUCCUCUCUCCAAAGCACCAUUGUCCGCAUCAGUAACCAGGAGAAACCCAAGAGGAAAUGGUCGGGGUGGAGAUGAGGACUCCAGGAGAACGCUAAGCAUCCAGUCAGAACGCUUCAACAGGAGGCAUAGCAUGGCAGGAUUUUCCGUCAGAGCUGACGAGAGCCUUGCAAGCUCUUCAGUUCAAAAUUACAGGACACCCACGAAACCAACAAAGGCCAGGUCGAGGUUGGCAACCCUAAACUCAAACCAGUCAGAGAAGAACGGAACACCAUCAGAGAAAGGAUCAGUGACGUCUGUAAAGAAGCAGCUGUCAUUCUCUGCUUCCCCGGCUGGACCAAGGAGGCACUCCGGUCCUCUUAGGUAUGAUUCUAGCUCCAUUAAAGGCACUCCAGUGCACGCGAGGAAAGGCAGCAGGUAGCUAGUGAUCAGUCUAGUGAAGAGAGAGAGAGUGUGCAUGUAAAAUAAAAGCAAGCAUGUAACUUAGGUAGAUGUUGCUGAGUUGAAGAAGAUUGAAUAAAAGAUUGGCCAGCCUUGUUAGAGGGUGGAGGAGGAAGAGAAGAGACCAGAAAAAUCGAUCGGUUUGUGAUUUUCGUGUCUGUUUCAGUUGUCGCCAUGAUUAAUAUCAACACCUGUUUUCUUCUUCAUCUCAAUAAACUUUGUGUCGUCGUGUUUCGAGACUGUUACAUAUAAUGUUGUAGCACAUGAGGAUUGGUUUGGGGGUUGAACGUUAGUUCAUGGUAGCAGAAAUAUUGUUUCCUUAGUUGUCUGCAGAUUGCUGUGGUUUUUGAUAUCUUUUGACUCCUCAGUUGC